AUGGCAAAAUGGUACCUGGUCUACUUAGCUCAGUCUCACCCAGGAUUUCGGAAGGCUGAACUUGAAUCUAUAGCGGACUUGUUGGACAUUGAAGCCAGUUUUGAGUCACAUGACAUGGAUCAUCCAUUCAUGACUGUGCUCUUGGAAGAUGACGAGCAGGCUAUGAAACUGGCCCAGAGAAGUAUAUUUGUCAGAGGCGUUUACGAAUUAUGGGGCGAAGGAUCUGACUUAGAUAGUCUGCAUGCUGAUGUAAAGUCCAAAAGUUCUCACUACUGGCCAGACUAUAUGACAUGUUCUUUCAAAUUUGACCUUGUUGGAUAUCAAGGAAAGAGGAAUAGAAAGGAUCAAGUCCAACUAUUUGAAUCAUUUGCAUACUUGGCCUUUGAAGGUCCAAUUAAAAUGAAACAGCCUGAUCAAAUUUUCACUAUAUUGGAAGAGUAUCAUGUGGUUGGUAGGGAGCCUGCAGCUACUCCAGAUAGAAUGUGGUUGGGAAGGCAAGUAGCCCUUGGCCAACGAGAAUUCAAACUUCUAGAGAAUUAUCAUUUGAAGAAUCGCUCUUACACUUCGACCACAUCGUUUGAAGCUGAGCUGUCCCUGAUUACUUGUAAUAUCGCCCAGGCGGCACCAGGUAAGCUCUUAUACGACCCUUUUACGGGUACGGGAUCUUUCUUAGUGGCAGCAGCAUACUUCGGAGCCCUUUGCUUUGGAUCUGAUAUCGACAUCCGUGUUCUCAGAGGUAAAGACAGUAAAAGCAUCAAGACAAAUUUUAAACAAUAUGGUAAGGGCUACCUUUUAGGGGACGUAUUGACAAUGGAUUUUACUCAUGAUGCCUUCAGAAAAUCUCUUCGUAUGGACACAAUUGUAUGUGAUCCUCCCUAUGGAAUCAGAGAAGGAGUUAAGGUCUGUGGAGCCAAAAAUGAAGACAGAUUCGUUGGCAAAGAAUCCGUCCUGGUGGAUGGUCAACUGGCCCACACCAGACGAGAUUAUAUUCAACCUAAGAAACCUUAUGAAUUGGACGCUUUACUGGAUGAUCUUCUACAAUUUGCAUCUGAAAGAUUGCCGGUAGGCGGACGGCUGUGCUUUUGGAUGCCCACAGAGAAUGACGCUCAACAAGAAUCCCGCAUCCCUCAGCACCACAACUUAGAAUUACGUUACAACUUAGUGCAAAGCUUUGACAAAUGGGCCCGUCGCCUACUGUGUUACGUCAAGAGGGAUGAUGAUUAUGUAGGGACUACAUUGACCAAAGACCAAAGAACAGUGAAGAACAACUUCAGAGUCCGAUACUUCCAAGGAUUCAACAAACAACCUUCAACCUAA